AAUAAUGUCAAUUCCUCGCGAAAGCGCAACGAAAUCAGAUUCUGGAGGCAGAUACAUCAAGCAGUACAGUAUUCGUACAGCCUCUGGGUUUAAAUGCAGUUACCUGGGAAGCUAAGGUUGCUCACCAGGCAUCCACCUAGCCCAUUGAACUACCUCGCGACCUUUACGAGCGUGAGCUCGCCGCUGUCUUGGCUGUUUCGCGCGGAUAGCGACGUUUGCCAAGCACUUUCUUUCGCAGUGAAGCAAUCUCAAUCAGUACGCACGAUGGUGCCAUUACUCGCUCCCAGCCUCAUGAUUGCGAGAGCCGGGGCUUCGUCGUGUUUCAAAUCCAUAAUUUCUAUUGUUCUUUAUUAUCUCUCUCGUCAAAAAAGGGGUGCACUACGACCAACUCGAGCUACCAGAGCUCCCAUUGGCCGAUGGCCCAUUCACUUCCUUAAGUGAAGGACGUUGAUUUUGCGAAACAGGCACCAGCAGAGCCAAUAGCGGCGCUUUCCCACUCCAGCCUUUGCCUUUUGAGCUCUAUCUACCUAUCAAUGCGCGCAAAUUGACGACGUCGAGGAGGCUGUGGGGCGCAACGGUGAGUGCACGGAUGUCGGGUGAGAGGGAGCAUUUUGAGCUUCAUCAGCACUCCAGGAGGCUGGGGGACCCUCAGGACGUCGUUAAGAAGAAUUUACAAG